GUUAUGAUGACCCAGUAAAUAUUACUCUACUGCAGGAUUUUGUAUGAGGAGUGACUCAAUUUCACCUAGACUUUUAACAGUGCAUUUUUUUUAAGUAACUAUUUCAAAAUAGAACUGUUAAUAAGGGUGUUACAAAAUACUGUUCUCGGAUAUUGGAAAUACACUGUACACUGCACAGCACUACUGUUUUACUUUUUAUCUCCUGGAUAACAUUUAUUAUUACAUCUAUUGGAAAAAAUCUGGCCCCAAGGUAAAGACUUCUAAAUAUGCCAACUGUAAGUAGAGGGCUAUAUAAAUGGUUGCUAUGGAGAGGCGCUACCUUGGAAGACUUUGCAGACAGACUAAAUCAUUUCUGGACUUUCGGCCUCCUACUUAUAUUAGCCUGCAUUAUAAGCUGGAAGCAGGGCUACAACUCGCCUAUAAGUUGUUGGGUACCAGCUCAAUUUACAGACAGUUUUACAAGCUACACACAUCAACAUUGUUGGAACAGUUAUUUCAUCCAGUAUCCACGCGAUAUUGAAAAAGCUGAAAAGGAAAUUCUCGAGAUGGAGAUGAAUAUAUCCUUGCCAGAUAUAUCUUUCGUUACAUAUGAACCGAAAGCGGUAUCUGUAAAUAGCGAAAGUCUUGAUGAAACUGACAGUCUUCUCAAAAUCAUGUCAACAACCAGGACACUAUAUCAAUGGGUACCAUUAAUUCUGUGCUUUCAAGCGCUUCUCUUCAAACUGCCAAAUCUUCUCAUGUACAUUUUACACAGCCUCUCUGGAAUAAGCUUCGACAAGAUUGCUGGUUUAACAAGUGGAUAUGAGAACAUUAACUUAAAAGAGCGUGAUGAUCUGUCUAAGAAGAUAGGACGUUAUAUGUUCAACUGGUGUCAACAGUUUGAGAACUGGUUACCAUGGCGUUUUCUCACAUUACUGUGGCUUAUUGUUAAAUUCCUAUACUGUGUCAACAUCAUUGUACAGAUGUCUCUUAUUGACGCCUUUCUGAGGACAACAGACUCGCCCAUUGAUAAUUCCACCUCGUACGGUGACGUCAUUACUGGUAAUCUCUUCCAAAACAACGCUACAACAUGGAAAGAAUCGCCAGCCUUCCCCCGACAAAUUUUGUGUGACUUCUCAAUCCGUCAGUUACAAAAUAUCCAGAGGUGGACAGUACAAUGUGAUCUGCCAGUCAACUACUUCAAUGAAUAUGUCUACAUGUUCAUUUGGGUGUGGUUUCUCUUUGUUGCCAUAGUUACCUGUCUCAGUCUCCUCCUGUGGUUAUGUAAGACUAUGGUGCCACUGUUCCGUAAACGAUACAUUACAAACGCAAUGGGCCUAGCCGAUGACCUUGACAUUAGAACCAUGCAGUACCAUGACCUUGGUAAAUUCUGUAACCUUAUUGGAGAGGACGGGGUCAUGGCACUCAAAUUAGCUGGGGCCAACUCAUCAGAACUUCUCGUCAGUGAUGUUGUAUAUACCAUGUGGAAAUUAUGCACUAAAGACUCGCGCCCACAGCAAGCUGGACAAAUACUGUCUGUGCCAGAGGUACGGGUCCAACCAGCUACCACAGCAGGACCAGGCAAUGUAACUUACCCUAGACUGGAGGGACAAGAGUUUGACAAUGAAGCCAAGAAAAUAGAUUAGACUGAUUAAAUGAUCUGACUAACUCAUUCAUAUUUUUUGGUAAAAAAUGGAAUUCUUUUAAAAUCUGUAACAAAUGCAUCCUGUACAGACCUUUUGUAUAAAAUGAUUAUUUGUGUGAAGUAUCUUUGCAAAGAACAGAAUUGUUAUAUCAAAGCCUAAUACAGGGGAGACACUUUUGAAAUGUCAUACCAAAUUCUAUGUAAAUGAGAUUAUUUAUUAUCUUCAUCUCAGCUGUAAACAAGUAGCAUAAAAGAGAGAUAUUCAACCAGCUACAAGCCCAAUAUCCAAUGCUUCUUGUUUAAAGAUUAUUUACUAUUGUACAUUUAUUUUCAAAAGUGAGCAGUGUUUCAUUGAAAACAAAUUCAGUCCAUCUUGAUGAAUGUUUACCCAAAUGAACAUAAUUUCCCACAAAGUAUGUAUUAUGAAAAAUAUUAAGACCAGGCUUACACUAAUUUGGUACAUGUGAAUGAAAAUGAAAAGUCAAGGUCUUAUUUCAUUGUUGUAUGUUUUGCUUCAAGUAUUAUCAUAUAUUAUAGCUUGUAAUUAUAACAUAGUUAUCCAUAUUUAGUACCUUUUAUAUAUUUUAUAUCUGAAUAAAAAAUAAGCAUGCA